AUGGCUCGUAACUACAUCAUUAUCCCAGAAGUCCUCAACCAGAUGAUCGUUGAAGAUGCCCUGAAUUGUGCAAAAGUUGUCCUGGAGGGCAAGGCUCCUGUGCUCGAAGGUUUCCGUGCGAAUCCGAACUGUAUGAAUCAGUAUGGAUACUUUCCACUGCACGAAGCUGCAGAAAGGUUCUCUGUUGACAUGAUCAAGUUACUCCUCCAUCAUGGUGCGUUGACUAAUUUACGCACAGCGGGCGAUUUAGUCAUUGAGGGCCUACUCCCACUCCAUGUUGCAGUUGAGGACACUUGCUUGCACAAGUAUCUGCAGGAUAAUCUACUUCCCAACCAGGAGCACCCCAAUCAUCCAACAAAGGAAGAUGCCAACUUUGUCUAUAAGAUUAUUUAUCUUCUGUGCCUACCCGAGAUGAAAAUUUUCUUGAAUACUACCAGAUUACUUUCUGAACAUACAAAUAAUCUAGUUGAGGAGGUCUGGAAUUAUAUAAAGGAUGGGAAACUGUUGCAAACAGCAGUUCUGCUCCUGGCAGCUCAAGCACAUAUACGUGUGAUUGAUGGAUUUUCUACUAUCAUUACUCGCAUUGCUGAAGAAAGCACUACCAUAAAAUUUGAGAUUAGUCAAGACGAAAAGGAAAAGCUGGAUUUGGAGGCGAAGUGUCAACAUUUGUUAUCUGCAUUGUUGCUUGUCCAAAUAAUUAACAAAGCUGGCAACGCUCUUGAUUUGUGCAUUCAGAGGCGUAAAGAGGUACCUCAAACAAAAGUCCUUGAACGUGUUUCACAGAUUCUUAAUGGUUGUGGGUUUUUCCCUACUGGAGGAGUCAUCCGCAUUGGAAGCCUCUGCCCUUAUGAAUGGUCGCCGUUGCCCGGAGAUGAACUGCCCAAAGAAGAUGGUGGGUGUAGAUGUGUCUGUAUAUUGUUACCCAGAGGUGAAACACCUCAUCUCUGUCGUGCAUAUAAGUCUGCAAGACGUUUCGAGCGUGAGUGCACUUGGAAUAAUUUCUUCCCAUACUGGAGAUCAGUGUUAGCAUAUCGGUAUCCCUGUAAGUUCUUUCCAGCCCAUGCACAAGAUGAUGUUUCGUGUCUCCCUAAUUUUGAUCACAUCCAUAACUCUGGGAGCAAGUCCUUUGGUAAACCAUCUAGUCCGGUUCCAAAAGGUAAACCAUGUUCAUUGCCAAGUACAAUUUCGCAAGUUACAAGUAUGCAUCAAUCUAGAAGGCUGUUUGGUACUGUUGCAUUGACGAUCUUGAAGGUGUUAAAGAAUGCAUGAGUAGAAAGGUAAGCCACGAGCUCUUUUUUGAUAUUUCAGUUCUCAAGAAUAUGCUAGUACAGCG